AUGUACUGUACAAUGUUAUUUUAUUUCAUCGUGAUUUUGGUACAUUUUCAAGUUGCUAUGGGAAACUAUGCUAUGUAUGUGCUAUUCGAUAGGGCAUUGGGAGAUGAUCCCAUACCUCAAUCUUUUACUUGGAGCGAUGUGGAAGAACUAAAUGAUGCAGAGAGAGGAAUAGUUAUGUUCAGAGAAAAUGAAAAGUUAAUAAAAACUCAAAUGAAUAAAAUGGCUCAGAAUCUGUUUGCAGAAAGUGAAGCGAUCAAAGAAUACGUGAAGUGUAUAAGUGAACAACAUCAAGCAGAAUCCUAUCAUUCGUUUAUCAAAGAAAUCAGUAAACAGUUUGAAAAUAAAGAUCUAAUACCAUUUACUCACUAUUCAACCUUGAAGGAUUGUUUCAUGAGACAAAAACAGAUUUCAAAAAAACAGAAGUUUAUUAACAAAAAUAAAGUUUGCAAAAUACUUGGAACAUUCACUGAAAAAGAUAUUCAAGUUCUCAAUCGUUUUAUUUCUGAGAAAUACGAAAUUUUGUGGAGAUGGAACAAAGUAUUAUUUAACUACGACUUCGCUUCGAGAAAUAUUGAGCAAACAGUUGAUUUCUUAAAAAAUUUUUAUGAUAACUUUGAUGAAAUUGUGCAUGAAAAUGUUCAUCACAAAUAUUAA